ACGAAAAAAGGAGCAAUUAUGCCUAGCACGAGAGUUGUGCCUUCUUACGACAUUCCAGAAGUGGAGAAAACAAUCCGUUUUAUUGGACUAUCUUCAGAAUUCAAAAGUGAAAAACUUGAUGCUAAAAUUGUCGGGGCAAUUCGAGACUGUCCUGGUUUGACAAGUUUGGACCUGCAAGUGUACAGAAUUUGUUUAAAAUCCGCAGAAGUUAUUGGCAAAGCUCUCGAAAGUCAGUCGAAUCUAAAAAGAGUGUUUUGGAGACUCAUGUUUAAUUUCACAGACAGAAAAGAAAUUCCUCAAGCUUUAAGCUGUUUGGUUAAAGGUAUAGCAACAGCAAAUGCUCAUAUAGUUGCGCUGAAUUUGAGCGAAAAUUCUUUAGAUUCGGGAGGAAUGAUGGGUCUAAAAUAUUUCUUCGAAUCUCCUUCCUCUUUCAACCUGGAAGAACUUAAUUUAAGUUUUAACCUUUUAGGUAAAGAAGGCGCGAAGCUGCUGUCUGAUUUUUUGUCCACAUCUAUUAGGAACAGCCUUAAAGAAGGCAAGCCGAUGAAAUUGAAGGAUUUUGACUGUAGUUAUAAUGACUUGGGGAAUGACGGAAUCGCAUUCAUCGCAAAAUGUUUGGAGGGUCUAAGCAGUUUGGAAUCGAUUGAUUUGGCCAGUAAUGGGAUAGGAUCUAGUGGAAUGACAGCACUGUCAAAUGUAUUUUAUUCAAAUCCUUGUCUGGAAAAAAUAAUUCUUAAUAUCAAUAACUUGCUCGAAGGUGGCGUAAACCGUCUUUCAAGUUGCUUGAAAGACCUGGGGAAACUGCAAAUUUUAGGCCUUAAGCAUUGUCGCGUUGGAUCGAGCGGUGUUCUGCACUUGGCGCUUGCCAUGAAAGAUUCCUGCCCUGAAUUGAGGAAGGUCGAUCUGAGUUUUAAUGAAAUCGAUUCAAAUGUCGAUAUGUUAUUAGAUGCGAUGGAAAAUAAGAAAUAUUUUGAAGAUCUGGAUAUAAGCUGCAAUGAUUUUAAUGAAGAAACGGAAAUAUCUUUACUACAAAGAAUAUUUCGUAUGAAAAGAAGAGUGGAAAUGAUGGCAAGUGAUGAUGACAUGGAGGUGUCGGAUUCUGACAGCGACUAACAACGGAUUCAUUAAAGACGAAACUUGAAAAAGAAUUACCUUGAGAAAUUUUAACUAUUACAAAUUAUAAAAUAAAUUUUACUUAUCAUGAUACAAUAUUAAAAUUCGCAUUUUUUU